GGAAAAUCUAAUUUAAAAAAAAAAAAAAAAAAUUUUUAUGAAUGUGUAAUGCAUUAGAAAAAUUCAUCGUCAUCAGCGUGUUGGUUUCGUGAGAAUUUGUUGCAAUUCUCUUUUGGUUACACUCGUCAGGGAUUGUUGAGCUCUCAAUACAUUUGAAACGCUUGUAAAAUGGAUUCCAAAUCUCUGAACGCAGCAAAUAAAACAGAAGAAAACUCGGAAAAACGUAGAAAAAUGGAUCAACUAUUCGACUUUUCGCUGGUUUAUCCGAAACUUAUUGAUAUUCCAGAAUUAACAUAUUCUGUUAAAGAUCGAAUAAAACGCUACGAAAGUUUCAAAACAGAAGAUAAACCUCUAACUGUUUUGAGAAGAACUCUUUCCGAGAAAGAGGAUAAAACUUCUAAUCCGGUCGAUAAAAAGAAUACAGCAAUAUAUUCCGAUAAAUCGAAAUCUACUUCAAGAAAUGUUGCUCUAGAUAGUAUCUGUAAACAACGAACUGAAACUGACUCUUCACAAAUAAGUAAAAGCAGCCAUAUAAAGCAAGCCAGUGCAAUUUCAAGUCAUUUUGCAGCUGAAUAUAAACGAAAAACAGAUGUUUUCCCUAUACAAAGAGUGAAAUCUGAAUCUCCGAUUAAGAGUAAGCAAAUGAAAGAAAUUGCUACAUCUUCACCUGUUCCUCAAACUGAACACGAACCGGAAUCAACUGAAAGCAAAACAGAUAAACGAAGCAUUCCUACAGUUCGGCAUACAAUCCUAAGUAAGGAGAGAGCUAAAUUAAAAGCCGUUAACAGUGGGAUGAGUGAUAAAGAUGAAAAGACAAUUAGUACAAAACAAGUAAAUGGAACAUCAGAAGAUACAGCUUCUGCUUCAAGCAAAAGUAUAGAAUCUUCUGUAAGCAGUCCAAGUCCAUCUGAAUCAAGUUUUAGAAAUGUUGCUGUUAGGACUCCAAUACCAACAGUUUUCAAACUGCCAAGAUGUCGUAUUGCAAAACGAAGUAAAUCUGAAGAAAAGCAAAGUACUUCACAGAAGGAAUUUGACACAAAAAGUAUUAGUGAUGCGAUUGUAAAUUCACUAACUUCCGAUCAGUCAGUAGAUUCUAGUAAAACGAUAAGAAUAAAAAAUACAGUAAAAGUUACUGGCACUUCAAGAAGCUAUGGAGCGGAAUCAUCAUCUGUAAAAAGCCCAAGAAAUGUAGUGGAUGAAUUAAAAAUGGUUGUCAGAAAAACUGCAGAAGAAAGAAAACUUAGAACAGAAACUGCUGCUGAAGGUUUGGAUGAAAAUAUUCAUAUUACUGAACCAGACAAAAGUCCUGUCUGUAUUGUCUCUAAGAAAAAAGAAAUAUAUAAAUCUUUGCAAAAUAUGGAUGCUUCCAGAAUGGAAAGUAGCAAAGAAACUAGUGUCAUAUAUCCUGAAGAAACAAAACCUACAAUAGAAAUGACCGACAGCGCUUCUAAAACUAGCCUUCAACAACUUGUCAUGCUUCCUACUCUUGAAAUGCCAAAAGUUGUACACGAACUGCGAAAAGCAAUUUCUAUCAUUAAUCAGAAUGAAGAUAUGAAUAAAGACAUCUACAAUUCUCCUAAUCCUACAAGAGAUGAGGUUGAAGAUGUUUCCAUCACUAAUCCAAAUAAACUGGCUGGUAAUAUUACCAGUUUUCCAGAAAAUAGUUGCAAAUCAAAAUUUACCGUCAAUUCACCUAAAGAUGAAUCCAAGAUAACUGGUGAUAGUACUUGUACUAAAAGUGAUGAGCGCGAGGAAGUUGCUACUACUGCUGCCACCCCAAGGACAGCUAAAAAAGCACAGGGAGUUUCUGCCACUCUGAUGAUUACCAAGAUAGCACGGGGAGUAACUGUAUCCCAAGCGUCAGCUGAGAUAGCUCGGGUAGUAGCCAAAUCCCCGGUGACUGCAGAGAAAGCAAAGGGAGUAGCCAAAUCCCCUGUAACUGCAGAGGAAGCACGAGGAGUAGCCAAAUCCCCUGCAACUGCAGAGAAAGCACAGGAAGUAGCCAAAUCCCCGGCAACUGCCAAGAUAGCACAGGGAGUAGCCAAAUCCCCGACAACUGCCAAGAUAGCACGAGGAGUAGCCAUAUCCCCGGUUACUGCUGAGAUACCACAAGGAGUAGCCAAAUCCCCGGUGACUGCUAAGAUAGCACAGGGAGUAGCCAAAUCCCCGGUGACUGCCAAGAUAGCACGAGGAGUAGCCAUAUCCCCGGUGACUGCAGAGAAAGCACAGGGAGUAGCCAAAUCCCCGGCAACUGCAGAGAUAGCACGAGGAGUAGCCAAAUCCCCAACGACUGCAGAGAUAGCACGAGAAAUAGCCAUAUAUCCGACAACUGUUCAGAUAGCACGGGAGACACUCUCCAAGCUUGAUUCAAGUGCAAAAGUGACUGUAAAGAAUUGUACCACGCCUCGUAAAUAUAGAAAAAAUAAAGCUCCUCCUCCUCCCCCUGACACUCAAGGUGAAUAUGUAGUAAUUUCUCUGGAAGCAGUCCAGGGUGCUGAAGCUGGAAGUGCCACUGCAUAUGAAGAAUAUUCCAGAAAAAUUGAGUUUUCUGAAAUGUCUGAAAAGGGUUCUCCUCAUUCUUAUCUAAGUGAAAGAGACUACAGACGAAUACCUCUAAGCCCUUCAAGUGACCAAGAACUUGCAAUACUUGAAAAGCAGCUUGCUAGGGAACUUAUAGAAGUAGAAGACCUUACAGUAAGGCUUGCUAGGGAACUUCCAGAAGUAGAAGAAAUUGAAGUAAGUGCAGAAACGGGUGCUGUUCGAAAAGAUACAUUCAAUCCGAAAAAACCCUCAAGAUUCAGAUCCAGACAUCUCCUCUCUCAAUCUUUAGAGAUGUUUGGUAUAAGUUUAUCUACAGGAGAUGCAUUAGAAAAGUUUAAAUGGAUGCUAAACGCUAUAAUGGUGACGAAUAUGGAGGAAAUUUUAUCCAAUCCCUUCUUACGGAGCUUGCAAUUCCGACAAAUAGAAAUUCUAGCAAGUGAAAACUUAUGUAAAGUGGCAUUAAUCGAUUUUCCUCGUUAUUACAAUAGAAGGAAAGAAUUUAAUUUUCCAAUAUUUAAAAUUAAAUUCGAAGAUGAAGGUCUGGCUCAGUUUUUAAGGGCUGUAAGGAUUUGUUUACUGCCCAGGAUCUAUAUCGUAAAACUACAAACGUAUGGACUUUCCAUUAUGCAGUUGAAGGCCGCCAUUUUGUUGCGAGGAAAAGCAGCAGAUCGUGACGUAAAUAUGAUGAAAUUGAGGGAUAACAUAGAAAUAAGUGGUGUUCCAGAAGAGAUGCGUGAUUCAGUAAAGGAGGAUAUAAACAAAAUUAACGAAAGCCUCAAAAUUGUUAUGGAAUUUAUUGAAAGUUCAAAUGUUUUGUGUUAUUGCUAUGAUACCAAUUCACUUUUGCAUGAUUGCAUUUCAGAUGUUUUUACAGGAAAACCGAUUCACGUAUGAUCUUGGUGUCUUCGUAAGCUCUUCAUUUUGGAUGAAAGCAACAUUUUUAAUUUUCUUUUACAUUUCAGCGUUUGUUUAAAAUUUUUAAUGUGAAUUUUAUUGUUUUUUUUUUGGGUCAAUUUACACGUUUUGUACACUUAUUUAUUUGAAUUAUUAGAAUUUUUACGAAAACGAAUUUUAUUUCGUUCAAAUUACUAAAGUUAAAUUUUUUUUCUUGUAGACGAUGUUUUAAAACAGUUGUACUGCUGUAUUUUUAUCAAAUGUUUAAUAAAGU